AUGGCCCAGUCCAAACCCCUUCUCGUGGUCGCCAUUGAUAUCGGUACAGCAUAUUCCGGCUACGCCUUCUCCUUCCAACACGAGUUUCUGACUGAUAAACUCAAGAUUACAACCAACAAGGUUUGGUCAGAUGGGGACAACCACCUUCAGACCUCGUACAAAACCCCGACCUCUGUACUGAUAGACCCGUAUGGAGAUUUCCACAGUUUCGGAUAUGAAGCGGAGACAAAGUACUCGACAGUCGCCAAAAACAAAGAGGAGAAAAACUGGUUGUUAUUCCGUCGAUUUAAGAUGAACCUCUACAAAUCUGAGAUAAGUGAGACUAUGGAGCUGGAGUCAGUAUCCGGACACCGGUUCAAUGCCCUCAGUGUAUUUGCCAUGUCAAUACUGUACCUUAAGGAGCAUUUCAGUGGAAGCCUUCAGCAGCAAGUGACUGACUCGGAGAUCCAAUACGUGCUGACGGUACCUGCUAUCUGGGACGAGGAUGCCAAGCAGUUCAUGAGGAAAGCCGCUCUACAGUCUGGGAUACUUGGAGAUCAACUGGCUAUUGCACUUGAACCGGAAGCGGCCUCCAUUUUCUGUCAGUCCUUAUUAGCGAACAGCCGAUCCGAUGACGAAUUCUGUGACGCAGACAACAUCUCGCGGAAUGGAUCUCGAUACAUUGUUGUGGACGCUGGAGGUGGUACUGUGGACACGACAGUGCACGAGGUGAUGCUAAGCGGGGAUCUCAAAGAACUACACAAAGCCAGCGGGGAAGGUUGGGGCGGCACUCAGGUAGACGACCAAUUCACCGAACUGUUGCUCAAGAUUUUUACCGUAAAGGUGAUGAAGGAGUUCGGCAAACACCACAAAUCGGAUUGGCUGGAACUUGAGAAAGAAUUUGAAAUUAAUAAACGGAGGAUAUCUAGUAAUGAUGAACAGAAAUUCAGCUUCCGGUUGCCAGCUUCUCUACAUGAAACGUUCAGCUUUCAGAGCAAGUGCUCGUUAGAGGAGCAAGUGGCUGAGUCUGGGUUAUCCAGAGAUGUUCGGUUUACAGGUGACAAGAUGAGAAUUAGCGGUAAAGUGAUGCAGUCUUUGAUGAAACCAACCAUUCAGAAAAUUAUCACUCAUGUAGAAACACUAAUGGCGGAUCCCAAGUGUAGAGAAAUUUCCCACAUCUUACUGGUGGGUGGGUUUUCCGAAUCGCCACUUCUCCAAGAGGAGUUCAGGAAGAACUUCCGGUCUGUGAAUGUGGUCACUCAAAGAGACGCCGUCCUGUCUGUGGUGAAAGGGGCGGUGAUAUUCGGCCAUCGACCGGGCGGCAUUGGAAUCCGUCUGGCAGCCUUUACUUACGGAACUAAUAUCUUAUCCACUUUUGACGAUGGUGAACAUGAUCCUGACAAGUUAAUUAUGAUUGAAGGUGAGAGGAAGUGCAAGGAUAUAUUUGAAAGAUUUGUUUCUGUUGACGAAGAAGUGCCACACGGUAUGGAAACUAGCGAACAUACCUUUAAUCCGAUUUACUCUGGACAAAAAACAAUGGGGCUUGCAGUGUACAAAUCCACGGUGACCAAACCCAAAUAUACAACUGACCCUUCAUGUUUUAAGUUAGGUAGUUUCACAGUAGACAUGCCGGAUUUGACGGGAGAGAAGGACCGUGAAGUUGGAGUGAAGUUUAUAGUUGGUGGCACAGAGCUCAAGGUGAAAGCUCACGAGAAGACGACCGGGAAGAUCUUCGACGCUACCUUUAACUUUGUGACAAAGUAAGUCAGACUAUCUGUAUGCUAUCCAGAGCCACAGACAGCGGACUGAAGAUAAAAAAAAUAUGAGCUCCGGGAACAGCUUACCCCAACCUAAUAUUCUGAACGCGGAAGGGGUCUGAACUUUGUUGCGAAUACUGUUGUAAUCUUUGAUAUCACUUUCACUGAAGAAUUGGUCUUGAGGCAUCAACUAACAAGACGUGUCACGUGAUUGUUGCUUGGUCAGUAAAUGUAUUAGAUAGGAUAUCCUGUCAGAUAUUAAGACCCAAGAUAUUUGUUUUUA